AUGAAUGAUAGUAGCAAGGGCCAGAAUGACAGUAACAAGCACCAGAAUGACAGUAACAAGCACCAGAAUGACAGUAACAAGCGGAAGAAUGACAUUAACAAGUGGAUGAAUGACAAUGACAAAUGCCAGAAUGACAGUAGCAAGCACCAGAAUGACAAUAACAAGUGGAUGAAUGACAAUGACAAAUGCCAGAAUGACAGUAGCAAGCACCAGAAUGACAGUAGCAAGCACCAGAAUGACAUUAACAAGUGGAUGAAUGACAAUGACAAAUGCCAGAAUGACAGUAGCAAGCACCAGAAUGACAGUAACAAGCGUCAGAAUGACAUUAACAAGUGGAUGAAUGACAGUAUCAAGGGCCAGAAUGACAGUAACAAGCACCAGAAUGACAGUAACAAGCGUCAGAAUGACAUUAACAAGUGGAUGAAUGACAGUAGCAAGGGCCAGAAUGACCGUAACAAGCACCAGAAUGACAGUAACAAGUGGAUGAAUGACAGUAGCAAGGGCCAGAAUGACAGUAACAAGCACCAGAAUGACAGUAACAAGCGUCAGAAUGACAUUAACAAGUGGAUGAAUGACAGUAGCAAGGGCCAGAAUGACCGUAACAAGCACCAGAAUGACUGUAACAAGCUUCAGAAUGACAUUAACAAGUGGAUGAAUGACAGUAACAAGGGCCAGAAUGACCGUAACAAGCACCAGAAUGACAGUAACAAGCGUCAGAAUGACAUUAACAAGUGGAUGAAUGAUAGUAGCAAGGGCCAGAAUGACAGUAACAAGCACCAGAAUGACAGUAACAAGCACCAGAAUGACAGUAACAAGUGGAUGAAUGACAAUGACAAAUGCCAGAAUGACAGUAGCAAGCACCAGAAUGACAGUAGCAAGCACCAGAAUGACAUUAACAAGUGGAUGAAUGACAAUGACAAAUGCCAGAAUGACAGUAGCAAGCACCAGAAUGACAGUAGCAAGCACCAGAAUGACAGUAGCAAGCACCAGAAUGACAAUAGCAACCACAAGAAUGACAGUAACAAGCACCUGCAUGACAGUAACAAGCGUCAGAAUGACAUUAACAAGUGGAUGAAUGAUAGUAGCAAGGGCCAGAAUGACAGUAACAAGCACCAGAAUGACAGUAACAAGCGUCAGAAUGACAUUAACAAGUGGAUGAAUGACAGUAGCAAGGGCCAGAAUGACAGUAACAAGCACCAGAAUGACAGUAACAAUCGUCAGAAUGACAUUAACAAGCGUCAGAAUGACAUUAACAAGUGGAUGAAUGACAGUAGCAAGGGCCAGAAUGACAGUAACAAGCACCAGAAUGACAGUAACAAGCGUCAGAAUGACAUUAACAAGUGGAUGAAUGAUAGUAGCAAGGGCCAGAAUGACAGUAACAAGCACCAGAAUGACAGUAACAAGCGUCAGAAUGACAUUAACAAGUGGAUGAAUGACAGUAGCAAGGGCCAGAAUGACCGUAACAAGCACCAGAAUGACUGUAACAAGCUUCAGAAUGACAUUAACAAGUGGAUGAAUGACAGUAACAAGGGCCAGAAUGACCGUAACAAGCACCAGAAUGACAGUAACAAGCGUCAGAAUGACAUUAACAAGUGGAUGAAUGAUAGUAGCAAGGGCCAGAAUGACAGUAACAAGCACCAGAAUGACAGUAACAAGCACCAGAAUGACAGUAACAAGUGGAUGAAUGACAAUGACAAAUGCCAGAAUGACAGUAGCAAGCACCAGAAUGACAGUAGCAAGCACCAGAAUGACAUUAACAAGUGGAUGAAUGACAAUGACAAAUGCCAGAAUGACAGUAGCAAGCACCAGAAUGACAGUAGCAAGCACCAGAAUGACAGUAGCAAGCACCAGAAUGACAAUAGCAACCACAAGAAUGACAGUAACAAGCACCUGCAUGACAGUAACAAGCGUCAGAAUGACAUUAACAAGUGGAUGAAUGAUAGUAGCAAGGGCCAGAAUGACAGUAACAAGCACCAGAAUGACAGUAACAAGCGUCAGAAUGACAUUAACAAGUGGAUGAAUGACAGUAGCAAGGGCCAGAAUGACAGUAACAAGCACCAGAAUGACAGUAACAAUCGUCAGAAUGACAUUAACAAGCGUCAGAAUGACAUUAACAAGUGGAUGAAUGACAGUAGCAAGGGCCAGAAUGACAGUAACAAGCACCAGAAUGACAGUAACAAGCGUCAGAAUGACAUUAACAAGUGGAUGAAUGAUAGUAGCAAGGGCCAGAAUGACAGUAACAAGCACCAGAAUGACAGUAACAAGCGUCAGAAUGACAUUAACAAGUGGAUGAAUGACAGUAGCAAGGGCCAGAAUGACCGUAACCAGAACCAGAAUGACAGUAACAAGUGGAUGAAUGACAGUAGCAAGGGCCAGAAUGACAGUAACAAGCACCAGAAUGACAGUAACAAGCGCCAGAAUGACAUUAACAAGUGGAUGAAUGAAUAG